GUCGGCGGCGCCCCGGGCGGGGGGAGGCGGGCGGACCCCACCACGGCCGGACCGAAGGUGCGGCGGCGGAGGGCAGCCAGGGCGCCCCAGCAGGCUUCCAGUAAUUAUCCCCAGGAUUCGCCAUGACCCCAGCUCUGAAGGAGGCAACAACAAAGGGUAUCUGCUUUUCAUCUCUGCCAAGUGCCAUGGAAUCUGACAAGAUGCUGUGCAUGGAAAGCCCGAGAACUGCGGAUGAAAAGCUCACGGGAGGAGACACUUUCUCUCAGAUGCUGGGAUUUCCGGCUCCUGAACCUAGUCUAAAUACUAAUUUUGUGAAUUUAAAACAUUUUGCCUCUCCUCAGGCUUCAAAACAUUUUCAGACAGUUCUCUUAAUGAGUUCUAAUUCAACACUAAAUAAGUAUAAUGAGAAUUAUAACCAAAAGAAAGUAAUGGAGGCCAACUGCUGUAAGCUGAAAAACGUACUGUGUAAUGGCAGCAGCAUUCAGCUCAGUAAGCUCUGCCGUUCUCAUCCUGAGAAUGAGUUCAUCAAAAAGGAGCUUUUAGAUGGCACAAGCCAUUGCAUGAAAGAUAUACAGAUCGUUCUGGAUUCCAGUCUCACCAAAGACGCUAAUGUAGAUAAAAUACAUCUGCAAAACUGUAAAUGGUACCAAAAGAAUGUACUUUUGGAUAAAUUCACUGACACUAAGAUUAAAAAGGGCCUAUUGCAAUGUACUCAAAAGAAAAUUGGACCUAAUCACUCAGAUAUGCCUGUUAGUUCCUCAGCUGCUGAGAAAGAGGAGGAGGUGAAUGCUCGUUUGCUUCAUUGUGUGAGUAAACAGAAAACCUUGCUCAACCAGGCUAGACGAACUCAGAAACACCUGCAGAUGCUCCUGGCGAAGCAUGUUGUGAAGCACUAUGGUCAGCAGAUGAAAUUUUCUAUGAAGCACCAGCUGCCCACAAUGAAGAUCUUCCAUGAACCCACCACAGUUUUGGGUAAUAGUUUACUUGAACACACUGAAAUUAAGCCAGAAGUUGACAUACUGACUUCAGAGAAUAAGUUUUUGAAUGAUACAAACAAUGGCUUUGCUCAUUGUACAGCUGCAGAAAUCCAAAGAUUUGCCCUGUCUGCUACAGGGCUGUUGUCUCAUGUUGAAGAGGGUCUGGAUUCUGAUGCCACCGAUAGCAGCUCAGAUGACGAGUUGGAUGAAUAUACCAUUAGAAAACAUGUGGCAGUUAAUGCUAGUACUGAAUGGAAGUGGCUUGUAGACAGAGCGCGAGUUGGCAGCCGAUGGACUUGGCUUCAAGCUCAGAUUUCAGAGCUAGAAUACAAAAUCCAGCAACUAACAGAUAUUCACAGGCAUAUUCGUGCCUCCAAGGGGAUAGUGAUCUUAGAAGAAUGUCAGCUGCCAAAAGACAUUUUGAAAAAACAGAUACAAUUUUCAAAUCAAGCGGCUUCAUUAAACACUUCAGUGAAUUCUCAGAUUCCCCAAAGGAGCGAAGAGACCUUGCCAGAGCACGACUUUGAGAUGUCACCGAGCAGCCCUACGCUACUUCUUCGAAACAUAGAAAAACAGAGUGCACAGUUGACUGAGAUCAUUAACAGUUUGAUUGCCCCUCUCAACUUGUCUCCAACUUCCUCACCCCUCUCCUCCAAAUCCUCCAGCCACAAAUGUCUGGCUAAUGGCAUUUCAAGGAGUGCUUCAGAGAAUUUAGAUGAGCUCUCUUCCUCCAGUAGCUGGUUACUUAAUCAGAAGCACAGUAAGAAAAGGCGAAAAGACAGGACAAGACUGAAAUCUCCAUCCUUGGCUAUCAUGAGUACAGCUGCCCGAACAAGACCCCUUCAGAGUUUCCAUAAAAGAAAACUCUACAGAUUGAGCCCCACUUUUUACUGGACUCCUCAGACUUUACCUUCAAAAGAAGCAUUUUUAAAUGCAACACAGAUGCCUUACAUGGAAUCACCUUUACGUUCGGACUACUGGGAGCAGAGCUCCAAGUGUGAGCUGUUAAGAGAACACGUCACGAAACUGGAUUCCUCUUUUCAUCCUGUGCUGUCACUGCCGUCAGACAUUCCCCUUCAUUUUCAUUUUGAGAACUUAUUUAAGAAGACCAAUGUAAAAGGAGAGCUUGCUGAAAAUCCAUUUGUAGGUGACUGUAUCAUAGCGCCACCAUCUGUACAAGGGACUUCUCUGACUCAGUGGAGAAAUGGAUAUUCCCCUAUGUGUAAGCCUCAGAUAAGGUCACAGUCAUCUGCACAACUAUUGCAGGGAAGAAAAAAGAGACACUUGAGUGAAACAGCAUUAGCAGGAGAAAGAACUAGAUUUGAAGAAUUUACUUUCCAACGUACAGAACCAGGAUCCCAUUGCAAUUUUACUGCAGCCUCUAAUACCAAUGUUACAUCAAGAACCCAGAAUUCAUCCUCACAAAAUACUACUCGACGGAGGUUAAGAAGUGAGAGCUCUUACGAUAUAGAUAACAUUGUGAUUCCCAUGUCAUUAGUAGCACCAGCUAAGUUAGAGAAACUCCAGUAUAAAGAAAUACUUACUCCACGCUGGAGGAUGGUUGUUCUUCAGCCUCUUGAUGAACCUAACUUAAGCAAAGAAGAGAUAGAAGAUCUUUCUGAUGAAGUCUUCUCCCUAAGACACAAAAAAUAUGAAGAGAGAGAGCAAGCUAGGUGGUCACUCUGGGAGCAAAGCAAGUGGCAUAGAAGAAAUAACAGAGCUUACAGUAAAAACUUGGAAGGGCAGGACUUGGUUCUGAAGGAAAACCCCAGUGAACUUAGCAGUGCUCAGCAGUGUGCUGCCGAGAGCCCCCUUGAGCUCCCAGCAGAGAACCCCAGUCUGUGCGCUCAGGACUCACAUUCUUUAAAUGAUAGUCAAGAAAUCAAGUCUUUGUGGUGGGAGCGACGAGCCUUUCCCUUGAAGGAUGAGGAUGAAGCAGCCUUAUUAUGCCAAGAUGAAAGAAAGGAUCAGACUGAGGGGGCGAGCACAGCCAUCUGCAAUGAAGUCUUCUGUAGCACUACACCAGAGAAUGGCCACCCUCCAAAAAUGCAGUUAGAUGGGAUGGAAGAGUAUAAAACCUUUGGUAUAGGAGUUACUAAUGUUAAAAGAAAUAGGUGACAGAGAAUAUAUUAAGAAAACUAUGUAACUGAAUGGAAAAGAGGGAAAGAAACCUAAACCCUCUUGUGGAUCUUCCACUUCCUCUAGUCACGAUUCCAGAAAAGGAGGAUGUGUUGCAUGUAUCUAUCUUCAACUGUUCAUGAACCAGGUCAGAGAAAUUUCUUUCUCCUUCCUGAAUCACAGAAGUAGAUAGCUUUUCACCUACACAGAUGCUAGUAACUUGUGUUUGUCAAUAAUACAGAUCACAAGCACUAAGCUAUUAAUUGCUGCAAUUUGAUGCCAAAUCAUUCUACGGGGUAACUGUUAAGGUAAGAGCCCCGCCUUUACAACACAGUUGAUUUGCAUCAAAUGACGACUAUUCUUUGCUUCUACUCUCAUGGCAGUUCACCAAAAUUGCCUCACUAAUAUAUGAGAAUAGUGUGUAUACAGAAUACACACACACACACACACACACCUAGUCUUGA